AUGAGUGUCUGGCUAAUCUCUCUGACAAGUAUUGAAAUACUACUUUUGGCAGUGCCUUUCCCGAGUUUUCACAUUGAACCUGAAGAGGGUAGCCUUGCAGGGGGAACGUGGAUCACAGUCAUUUUUGAUGAUUUGGAUGUGGGUCUCCUCUAUCCCACCAAUGGCUCUCAGCUGGAGAUACACCUGGUGAAUGUGGCUAUGCCUGUGCUGCCAAGUAUCCCCUGUGACAUCUCUCCUGUCUUCUUGGAUUUGCCAGUGGUGAUGUGCAGGACCAGAUGUCCGCUGUCUGAAGCACAGGAGGGUCUGUACCACCUGGAAGUGCACUCUGGGGGACAGGUGGCAGGCAGCCCAAGUCCACAACUAGGAGAGAGCUGUACUUUCAAGUUUUCCAGGGCACAGACACCCAUUGUUUACCAAGUUAAUCCACCAAGUGGAGUUCCAGGAAAAGUAAUACAAGUGUACGGCUGGAUUAUCACUGGAAGAUCAGAAACCUUUGAUUUUGAUGCCGAGUACAUUGACAGCCCAUUGAUCUUGGAAGCUCAAGGAGAAAGAUGGGUCACUCCUUGCUCUCUUGUAAACAGGCAGACAGGAAGCCGCUAUCCUUUUCAGGAAGACCACGGUCUUGGGACUCUGCAGUGCCGCGUGGAAGGCAACUACAUUGGCUCCCAGAAUGUUAGUUUCUCAGUGUUUAACAAAGGAAAGUCAAUGGUGCACAAGACUGCCUGGCUGAUCAGUGCUAAACAGGACCUUUUCCUGUACCAGACCUACUCAGAAAUACUAUCUGUGUUUCCAGAGACUGGAAGCCUUGGGGGAAGAACAGACAUCACGAUUACAGGAGACUUCUUUGACAAUCCCGCCCAGGUUACCAUUGCAGGCAUUCCAUGUGACAUUAGACAUGUCUCUCCCAGGAAGAUUGAGUGCACCACUAGGGCUCCAGGAAAAGGUGCAAGGCUCACUGCUCCUCAGGCAGGCAAUCGAGGACUUCUCUUUGAAGUUGGAGAUGCUGCUGAGGGCUUGGACCUGACUGAAGCCACCCCUGGGUACAGGUGGCAGAUUGUCCCUAAUGCCAGUUCUCCAUUUGGAUUUUGGUCAAAGGAAGGGCAACCUUUCAGAGCUCGGCUCAGUGGGUUCUUUGUGGCCCCAGAGACAAAUAAUUACACUUUCUGGAUCCAGGCAGACAGCCAAGCUGUGCUGUAUUUCAGUCGGUCAGAGGACCCAAGGACCAAGGUGAAAGUGGCCUCCAUCAUGGUGGGCACUGCCGACUGGUUUGACUCCUGGGAGCAGAAUGGGAAUGAAGGGACCUGGCAACAGAAGACCCCCAAGUUGGAGCUGUUCGGUGGAGCCAGGUAUUACCUGGAAGCAGAGCAUCAUGGGAGAGCCCCCAGCAAGGGAAUGAGAAUUGGGGUUCAGAUCCACAACACCUGGCUGAAUCCCGAUGUGGUCAGCACUUACCUCCGGGAGAAGCAUCAGAUCCGAACCCAUGCUCAGAGACUUCCGGAAAUCCAGAUGCUGACUGUGUCUGGCAGAGGGAACUUCUUCCUUACUUGGGACAAUGUCUCUAGCCAGCCAAUCCCUGCAAAUGCUACAGCCCAUCAGAUUCAAACAGCCAUCGAGGAGUUACUUGCAGUCAAAUGCAAACUGGAACCCCUUUCAGCUAACCUUCUAUUUCGGCUUGGAUUUGAAGAAGGCCCAGAAGGUUCCAGCUCUGAUUGGGACCUCACUAGUGGGACAGAGCCCUUCUGUGGGAGGAUCAGCCUCCGUCAGCCUCGACACCUUGUCCUCACACCCCCGGCUGCCCAGAAGGGCUACCGGCUAGAUCAGUACACACAUUUGUGCAUGGCCUACAAAGGCCCAGUGAAUAAGAUCCUGAAGGUGACCGUGUCCUUCACAGUCGACUUUCAAAACAUCGUUAAGAAGAACAUCACCUGCGACUGGAGUCUCGAGGGGACCAGUCCCCACAGCUGGCGAUUCACUUGCACUGACCUCUGGAACACUUGUGUGCAUUGCUCCGUGGAUCUGCAGCCGCCUCUGGCAAGCUCCCCAGCGCGGGUUCGUCGGAUUGACCUCCUCCCACUGUCUCAGGAGCUGGGCGUGUUCUAUGUGGAUGAAAUUAUUAUUGCAGACACAAACCUAACAGUUUCUCAAGCUGAUUCUGGAACAGCUCGCCCUGGUGGGAAUCUGGUGGAAUCACUCUCUGUGGUGGGAUCCCCUCCAGUCUACAAUGUCACCUCCUGGUUGGCGGGGUGUGGCCUGGAGCUCCCGCUCAUCACCGCAAGCUCUGUGCCCACUGAAGGAGCAGAAGAAGGAUCCGGGCUGGUCCAGGUGACAACACAGAGACUACAGAGGACAAGUCCGCCUUUAGGAGGACACUUUCGCAUCCAACUUUCUAACAUAGUGAUUCCUGGUGUCCCUGUGCAUAUUUCAGCUAGUCACCUUCGCAAGCUCUUGCAGAACAAUGCUGACGACUUCACAGCCAGGUACCUCAAUGUCAGUGACUUCGCUGUGAUGGAGGAUCUAAAGUCUUGCUAUGAACAUGUGUGGACUCUCUCCUGGUCCACUCAGAUUGGGGAUUUGCCCAAUUUCAUCAGGGUCUCUGAUGACAAUCUAACUGGAGUGAACCCUGCUGCAACCACUCGGGUGGUGUAUGAUGGUGGAGUUUUUCUUGGACCCAUAUUUGGAGACAUGUUGGUUACUGCCAACCAGUGCACUCAGGUGGUUGUGCAAGUGAAUGACAUACCUGCUCACUGCUCAGGUUCCUGUUCUUUCCAAUACCUUGAAAAGUCGACUCCCCGGGUCCAUUCUGUAUGGUAUUCUCUUGAUGAUGACAUGGACCUGCUGGUUUAUAUUACUGGAACUAGUUUCUCUGAUAACUCCCAGGCCUUGCAGGUUACAGUGAACAAAACAAGUUGCAAAGUUAUUUUCUCAAACCAAACGAAUGUGGUCUGUCAGGCAGACCUGCUACCUGUUGGAGCGCAUCUGAUCUCGAUGUUGGUGAGACCCUCUGGUCGCGCCAUCAAUGCCAGUGGAGGAGGCCUCUUCCUAAAUGUGGAACCCAGAUUGGAUGCUGUGGAGCCUUCCAGAGCUGCAGAGAUUGGAGGGCUCUGGGCCGCCAUCCGAGGCUCUAGUUUGGACGAUGUUAGCCUGGUGUUAUUUGGAUCUCGGUCUUGUGCCAUCAACAUCACCACAAGCAAUUCACGAAGAAUUCAGUGCAAAGUUCCACCCAGGGGAAAAGAUGGACGCAUUGUGAAUGUGACUGUGAUCAGAGGGGACCAUUCUGCAGUUCUUCCCAUGGCAUUUACGUAUAACUCUUCUUUAAAUCCAGUGAUCACAUCUCUGAGCAGAAACAGAAGCAACAUAGCAGGAGGUGAGACCCUUUUCCUUGGAAUGGCGCUGCUGGUGAACUACACAGAUUUGGAUGUGGAAGUCCACAUUCGGGAUACCCUGGCUCUGGUUCGUGUGCAGAUGGCUCAGGGUCUGGAGGUGGUGUUGCCCUCGCUGCCAGCUGGUCUCCACAGAAUCUCAGUCUCCAUCAAUGGGGUCAGCGUUUGCUCACAAGGGGUUGAUCUUCACAUCCACUACAUCACAGAAGUUUUCGGCGUUGAGCCUUGCUGUGGGUCCCUUCUGGGUGGAACCAUCCUCAGCAUCUCAGGAAUAGGGUUCGGCAGGGACCCCGCUUUGGUUUGGGUGCUUGUGGGCAAUCGGUCCUGUGACGUCGUGAACUCAACGGAGAGGAACGUCUGGUGUGAGACCUCGCCCGUGCCCCUGCUGCCUGAUGUGGACGUUCUCACUGUCCCAGCCCCCGUGGAGGUCUGGGCUGGCAACAUGUCUGUCACCCGAGGACCUCCUCCAAGCCUGGUGGGGAAGGGCUUUACCUUCACAUAUGAAGCAGAGGCAACACCAGUGGUCACUUCCAUGAGAGAGGAAAUCACGAACAGCAGCCUGAGGCUCUACGUGGAAGGAAGUAACCUCUCCAACUCAGUGAUCUUUCUGGGGGGCUUGACCUGUGAUCUGGAGACACAGUCUUUUGGGAGCAACACAAGCCUGUCUGGGUGCUCCUUUCCCCUUCACAGUUUGGAGGCGGGCAUUUAUCCUCUCCAAGUACGUCACAAGCAGAUGGGGUUUGCUAACAUGUCUGCGGUGCCCCAGCAAUUUGUGGUGACACCUCGGAUAACGGCCAUCUUCCCAGCACACGGGUCUGCUUGUGGUGGGACAGUGCUCACAGUGAGGGGGUUGGCUCUCAACUCUAGGAGGAGGUCAGUUCAGGUGGACCUUUCGGGUCCUUUUACUUGUGUGAUUUUGAGCUUGGGGGACCAGACAGUCCUCUGCCAGAUUCACCUGGUGGGUGAUUCCUUGCCUGGCGCUUCCUUCACCCUGAACGUCACAGUCCUGGUCAAUGGGCUCCCCAGCAAGUGUCAGGGGGAUUGUGCUCUUUUCUUGAGGGAAGAGACAACUCCCAUUGUGGACUCCUUGGCCACUAACAUCAGUGGGUCUCUGACCACAGUGCUGAUUAGGGGUCAGAGGUUAGGCACCACCACUGAUGAGCCAGUGGUGUUUGUGGAUGAUCAUCUUCUUUGCAAUGUAACUUUCUUUAAUGCAAGCCACGUGGCAUGCUGGAUAAGUGACUUGACCCCAGGACCUCACUACCUAUCAGUUUUUCAUACAAGAAAUGGAUAUGCUUGUUCUGGUAACGUUUCCAGACACUUCAACAUUUUGCCUCAAGUGUUUCGUUAUUUCCCCAAGAAUUUCAGCAUACAUGGUGGGAGCCUCUUGACCAUGGAAGGCACAGCCCUGAGAGGAAGGAACACCACGGUAGUCUACGUUGGCGAGCCGGCCUGCCUGUUGGUGAACAUCAGCUCUCAGCUCAUCCGGUGCAUUGUUCCCGCAGGGAACGGCACUGUGGCCCUGAACAUAGAGGUGGAUGGACUUUCAUACCAGAUGGGAGUCAUUGGUUACAGCCAUGCCUUCACCCCAGAAUUGCUCUCUAUUUCUCAGAUGGAUGACUUCUUAACCUUUACAGUGGCCCAGAUCUCAGGAGCUGUGAAUGUUGACAUUUUAAUCGGGAUGUCACCCUGUAGGGGUGUCUCUGGCAACCGUACGGUUCUCCAGUGUGUGGUCCCCUCCCUUCCUGCUGGGGAGUACCAAGUCAGAGGUUACGACCGCAAGAGAGGGUGGGCCUCGUCUGAGCUGGUGUUCACAUCCAGAGUUACUAUUACGGCAGUGACUGAGAACUUUGGCUGCCUGGGUGGAAGGCUCGUGCACGUGUUUGGAGCAGGAUUUUCUCCAGAGAACAUCUCAGCUGCCGUGUGUGGUGCUCCCUGCCAGGUCUUGGCUAACGCUACAGCGUCUGCCUUCAGCUGCUUGGUUAUGCCCCUGGAUGUGUCCUUGGCUUUCCUGUGUGGCCUGAAGCACGAGGAGGAGAGCUGUGAAGCCUCCAGCCCCACCUAUGUGCAGUGUGAUUUGACGGUCACCAUGGGGACAGAGAGACUGCUCCGAUCAUGGCCUUACUUCUACAUUUGUGAAGAAAGUUCCCGAUGCCUCUUUGCACCAGGUCAUUGGACAGAGUCAGUCUCUCCAUGGUUCUCAGGCCUCUUCCUCAGCCCUAAAGUGGAAAGAGAUGAAGUUCUCAUCUAUAAUAGCUCCUGUAACAUUACCAUGGAAACUGAGGCAAAGAUGGAGUGUGAGAGCCCUAAUCAGCCAAUUACCGCCAAGAUUACUGAGAUACGAGAAAGCCGGGGCCAGAACACUCAGGGCACCUUCUCCUUUCAGUUCUGCCGGAGGUGGUCGAGGGCUCACAGCUGGUUUCCUGCAAGAGUGCCACAAGAUGGCGACAAUGUCACGGUGGAGAAAGGCCAGUUGCUCCAGCUAGACACCAACACGAGCAUCCUCAACUUACUGCACAUUAAAGGAGGCAAGCUGAUUUUCAUGGAUCCGGGACCUGUCCAGCUCAGGGCACACUCCAUCCUUGUUUCUGAUGGUGGAGAGCUCCGGAUUGGAUCCAAGGACAAGCCCUUCCAAGGCAAAGCUGAGAUCAAACUCUAUGGCAGUUCCCACUCUACCCCCUUCUUUCCUUACGGUGUCAAGUUCCUGGCUGUGAGGAAUGGAACUCUUUCCCUGCAUGGUUUGCUACCAGAAGUAACUGUCACCCAUCUUCGAAUAGCUGCCUAUGCCCGUGACACAGUGUUGGCUCUAGAAGAUGCUGUGGACUGGCACCCUGGGGAUGAAGUUGUCAUCAUCAGUGGGAUAGGUGUCGAAGGUUCCAAACCCACAGAAGAGGUUGUCAUCGUGGAAACUGUGCACAAUGCAGACCUCCAUCUGAGGUCGCCCUUGAGGUAUUCUCACAACUUCACGGAGAAUUGGGUGGCUGGAGAGCACUAUAUUCUGAAGGUCACAGUGGCCCUCCUCAGCAGGAGUAUUACCAUACGAGGAAAUCUCACUAACGAGAGGAUGAAGUUCCUUGCUUCAUGCCAGGAGGCCAAUGCUUCAGAAGGUAAUUUGCAGAAUUGUUUAUAUUCCAAGAGUGAGAAGAUGCUGGGGUCCAGGGAUCUGGGGGCCAGAGUCAUCGUUCAGUCCUUCCCAGAGGAGCCCAGCCAAGUCCAGUUGAAGGGAGUGCAAUUCCGGGACUUGGGGCAAGCCUUCCAUAAGCAUCUGAGCUCACUGACUCUGGUGGGAGCUAUGAAAGAUUCCUAUGUACAUGGCUGCACGGUGUGGGGCUCCUUCAGCAGAGGCCUCAGCAUGUCCGGAACCUUGGGCCUGAAGGUGAACAGUAACGUGUUCUACGAUGUUUUAGGCCAUGCCCUGCUGGUGGACUGGUCAGAACAGGGAAGUACAAUAAGAAACAAUGUGAUCAUCAGUGUUUCUGGCGUCGAGGGACUCUCCAGUGCAGAAGUGUUGACACCGGCUGGUAUCUACAUCCGCAAUCCCACCAUUGUUGCAGAGGGGAACAGAGUGUGUGCUGCUGGUUAUGGCUACUUUUUUCAUCUUGUGACCAGCCAAACGUCACGAGCUCCACUUCUCUCCUUCACUGGGAAUAGUGCACAUUCUUGUACAAGGUAUGGUCUCUUUGUAUACCCUAAGUUUCAGCCACCUUGGGAUAAUGGUACUGGCCCCACACUGUUCCAGAACUUCACGGUUUGGGGAGGUACAGGUGGUGCUCAGAUUUUUAGAAGUAGCAAUCUUCUCCUGAAAAAUUUCCAAGUUUAUUCAUGCAGAGAUUUUGGAAUUGACAUCUUGGAAAGUGAUGCAAACACUUCAGUUGCUGACAGCUUAUUACUUGGUCAUUUUGCCCACAAGGGAAGCCUGUGUAUGUCAGCUGGGAUCAAAACUCCCAAAAGAUGGGAACUGAUAGUAUCUAACACAACCUUUGUUAACUUUGAUCUCACUGACUGUGUGGCCAUCAGGACCUGUUCGGGCUGUUCCCGAGGACAGGGUGGAUUUACUGUGAAGACCAAUCAGUUGAAGUUUAGAAACUCUCCAAACUUAGUAGCAUUUCCAUUUCCUCAUGCAGCAGUUUUGGAAGACUUGGAUGGGUCUCUGUCUGGGAAAAAUAGAAGUCACAUUCUUGCUGCCAUGGAAACACUUUCAGCUUCUUGUUGGGUCAAUACCAGCUUCAGUCAGGUUGUCCCUGGCAGCGUCUGUGGGGAAGAUGUUCUCUUUCAUCGCAUGUCUAUUGGUUUAGCUAAUGCUCCGGAUGUUUCUUAUGAUUUAACUGUGACAGACAGCAGAAAUAAGACAACCACUGUCAAUUAUGUGCGGGAUACAUUGUCUAACCAUCAUGGCUGGAUGGCUCUGCUCUUGGAUCAAGAGACCUACUCACUGCGAUUUGAGACCCCUUGGAUCAACAGAUCUCUUCAGUACUCAGCAACAUUUGACAACUUUGCUCCUGGGAAUUAUCUCCUGCUGAUGCACACAGGCGUGUGGCCUUACCCUGACAUCUUCAUAAAAUGUGGGACUCACGUGGGGCAGUCCCUUCCAUCUCUUCCAUCACCUGGUCAGGACCAAGGCUGUGACUGGUUCUUCGAUAACCAGUUGAGGCAACUCACCUAUCUGGUUUCAGGUGAAGACCAAGUUCGAGUGAUUCUCCAUGUGAAGGAAGGUGUGCCCCCAACUAUUUCAGCUUCUACCUCUGUACCUGAGUCAGCGUUAAAAUGGUCCUUUCCUGAAGCAUGGGCAGGAGUUGGAGAGGGCUGGGGAGGACACAACCAUACCACUCCAGGCCCUGGGGAUGACGUCCUGAUUCUACCCAACAGGACUGUCCUGGUGGAUACAGAUCUUCCGUUCCUCAAAGGCCUCUAUGUGAUGGGGACUUUAGAAUUCCCUGUGGACAGAAGCAACAUUCUGAGUGUGGCGUGCAUGGUCAUUGCAGGCGGGGAGCUGAAAGUUGGUACUUUAGAAAAUCCCUUAGAAAAAGAACAAACGCUUCUGAUUCUCCUUAGAGCCUCAGAGGGAGUCUUCUGUGACCGUUUCAGUGGAAUUCGUAUUGAUCCAGGAACAAUUGGGGUUUAUGGGAAAGUUCAGCUUCACAGUGCUUAUCCUAAGAAAUCCUGGACACAUCUUGGGGCUGACAUCGCAUCAGGCAAUGAGAGAAUUAUAGUAGAGGACAAAGUGGAUUGGCAACCCCAUGACAAAAUUGUCCUCAGCUCCUCUUCUUAUGAGCCUCACGAAACAGAGGUCCUCACCGUGAAAGAAGUCAAGGGCCACCAUGUUAGUCUCCAUGAACGGCUCAAACACCGGCACAUUGGAAGUGUCCAUGUCAUGGAGGAUGGCCGAUACAUUCCUUUGGCUGCUGAGGUUGGACUUUUGACCCGAAAUAUACGAAUCCAGCCUGAUAUAUCAUGUAAGGGGAGACUACUUGUGGGGUACUUCAGGAAAUCCAGCAGAGAAGAAUUUUCAGGUGUCCUUCAACUUUCAAAUGUGGAAAUUCAGAACUUUGGGUCGCCAUUUUAUUCAUCCAUUGAACUCAUUAAUGUGUCAGCAGGAUCCUGGAUUAUAUCUUCCACUCUGCACCAAAGCUGCGGUGGGGGCAUUCAUGCAGUUGCCAGUCAUGGGGUCAUUUUAAAUGACAGUAUAGUGUUUGGCACUGCUGGUCACGGCAUUGAUUUGGUGGGUCAGGGCUAUUCUCUCUCUAAUAACCUUGUGGUUCUGAUGACACAGUCAGCACGGUCCACUGUUUGGGUGGCGGGAAUCAAAGUGAACCAGGCAAAAGACAUCAACCUCCGUGGCAAUGUUGUGGCAGGAUCAGAGAGACUUGGCUUUCACAUCCGAGGCCACAGGUGUUCCUCUCCUGAAGCUCUUUGGUCUGCCAAUGUGGCCCACUCAAGCCUUCAUGGCCUUCAUCUGUAUAAGGAAAGUGGACUUGACAACUGUACUGGUAUCUCUGGCUUUUUGGCUUUCAAGAACUUUGACUAUGGUGCCAUGCUACAUGUGGAGAACAGUGUGGAGAUGGAGAACAUCACUCUGGUAGACAAUGCUGUUGGUCUUUUAGCGGUAGUAUAUGUGUCUUCUGUUCCACAGAGUUCCAUCAGUAACGUACAGAUUGUGCUUAAGAAUUCAGUCAUUGUGGCCACUAGCUCCUCUUUUGACUGCAUUCAGGACAGAAUUAAGCCUUCCUCUGCCAACUCGACAUCAACAGAUCGAGCUCCCUCCAACCCAAAAGGGGGUCGAGUUGGUAUUCUGUGGCCUGUAUUCACCUCAGAACAAAAUCGCUGGCCUCAGGAGCCAUGGCACAAAGUGAGGAAUGGCCAUUCAGUUUCAGGAAUCAUGAAACUUCAAGGUGUCACCUUUUCUGGUUUUGUGAAGAGUUGCUAUAGCGAUGACCUAGAUGUCUGCAUUCUGCCCAAUGCAGAGAACACAGGAAUCAUGCAUCCAAUAACAGCAGAGAGGACCAGGAUGCUAAAGAUCAAAGAUAAAAACAAGUUCUACUUUCCUCCUUUACAAACCAGGAAAGAUUUAGGAAUACUGGUCUGCCCUGAAUCAGACUGUGAAAGUCCAAGAAAAUAUCUCUUUAAGGAUCUAGAUGGGAGAGCCAUGGGUCUGCCUCCACCAGUUUCUGUAUUUCCCAAAAUCGAGGCUGAGUGGACUGGAUCCUUCUUCAACACAGGCACAUUUAGAGAAGAACAGAAAUGCAAGUACCGAUCCCUGAUACAAGGCUACAUCUGCAAACAGACUGACCAAGUGAUCUUAAUUCUUGACACCGUUGAUGCCACUUGGGCAAUGAGGAAGUUAUAUCCAGUUAUAUCUGUGACUAGUGGUUUUGUUGACACCUUUAGCAGUAUAAAUGCCAACACUGCUUGCUCUACUUCCGGGGCUGUAUCUACUUUCUAUUCCAUUGUACCCACCAGGGAAAUCACCAAGGUCUGCUUUGUGGAUCAGACUCCUCAAGUUUUGCGUUUUUUUCUAUUGGGAAACAAAAGUACCUCCAAGCUUCUCUUAGGUGUAUUCUACCAUGAACUCCAGAGCCCCCAUGUUUUCGUAGGAGAAAGUUUCAUUCCUCCCACUCUGGUUCAAUCAACUUCCUCAUUGCUGGAUGAGCCUAUUGGUUCCAACUAUUUCAGCAUCAUGGAUAACCUCUUGUAUGUUGUCCUCCAAGGGCAGGAGCCCAUUGAAAUACGCUCAGGUGUUUCCAUUCAUUUGGCCCUCACUGUGAUGUUUUCAAUCCUAGAAGAAGGCUGGGAAAUCAUGAUCCUUGAAAAACUAAUUGACUUCUUGCAGGUUGACCAAGACCACAUCAGACUUAUUCAUGAGAUGCCUGGCAAUGAAGCAACCUUAAAGGCCAUUGCUGACAGUAGAGCAAAGAGAAAGCGCAAUUGCCCAAUGGUGACUUGUGCCAGUCAGUAUAGAGUUGGUCAACGUAGACCUCUCAUGAUGGAAACAAGCUCUUAUAGGGUCCCACCGCCAACCACUAUGGAACCUAUCUCAAAAGUGAUGGUCAUUGAAAUUGGGGAUCUGCCAUCAGUAAGGAGCACUGGACUGAUUCCAUCCUUAUCAAGUAACAAAUUACAGAGUUUGGCUCACCAGGUUAUCAUUGCUCAACAGACUGGAGUACUAGAGAAUGUUCUGAAUAUAACUAUUGGGGGGUUGUUGGUGACUCAAUUAAAGGGACUCGUUGGCUAUGGAAAUACAAGCAGCUUUAAAACUGGGAACUUGAUAUAUACUCGGCCCUAUGCUCUUGCAGUCCUAGUUGAGCCUUCAGAUGGAGAAGUGGGAAAAGAACUUGUAGUACAACCACAACUGGUUUUUCUAGAUAAGCAGAAUCAGAGAGUGGAGUCCUUGGGCGCCCCCUCAGAGCCUUGGGCCAUUUCUGUUUCCCUGGAAGGGACAUCAGACUCAGUGCUAAAAGGGUGUACUCAGGCAGAAACUCAAGAUGGUUAUGUGAGCUUCUCCAACUUGGCAGUUUUGAUCUCUGGGUCAAAUUGGCACUUUAUUUUUACUGUCAUUUCCCCUCCAGGGGCCAAUUUCACGGCUCGGUCCAGGCCAUUUGCCAUCUUACCUGUGACUAUGUCAGAGAGGUCGACAAUCAUCCUGGCUGCUUCCACGUGCUCAGUGGUCUCAUGGUUGGCUCUGUGCUGUCUGGUGUGCUGUUGGUUUAAGAAAAGCAAAAGCAGAAAAAUAAAAAGUGAAGAGAUUUCUGAAUCCCAGAGUAAUGAUCAAAAGAAUAAUAGUCACGUCUCAUCCAAGCACCAAGGAUCACAAGUAGAGACUGGAAAAGAAGACACCGUGAUGGGAGAAGAUAUGAGGAUGAAGGUCAUGCUGGGCCAGCUGAACCAGCUGCCCCACCAGUCACUAAACGGAGUGUCCAGAAGGAAGGUUAGCCGCCGUGCCGUCGGAGAGGAGCAUGGCAGCCGAGAAGAGGCCGCUGUGCCUGCUCCCAGUAUUACCAGAGUCAUGUCCCAUGGACACACCUGUGCUCCAGGCUCUGCUGCUCAGCAGGUGUAUGUUCAGGAGACCGGGAACUGGAAGGAGGCCCGAGAGCAGUUGCUCAGCUACCAGCUAGCAGGCCAAGAUCAGCUGCUGCUCCUCUACCAAGACAUCAGACGAGAGAGGCAGCAAGUGCAGGGGCAAAGUCAGUUGGACAAGGAAAGUGGCAGAUUGGGGCUUUCCCAAGAGAAGAAAGCCUCCUGUGGUGCCACUGAGGCAUUCUCCCUUCAUUCAGUACGUCCAGAAACUAUCCAGGAACAGCUGUGAUCGAGGAGCGGUGAGGGCAUUUGGCCUGAAAGUCAGAAUGUUCAAAAUACUUCUGGAAAAUGAGCAGGGGAGAUGAGGCCUGACCUGUUUGAAGACGAAGAAGGAAGAAUAUGGACUCAAUUCUCUUUUUUCAAUUUUAAAAUGGAAGAUAGUCAUAUAAAUGCUUGUAGAUUGAAACAGUCUCUGAUAUAUCUUUCGUAUUUAGUAUAGAUCCUGGUCCUAAUGCCAGUCAAAUAAUAGGUUCCCAAAUAUUUGUUAAAUUUUUACUUGUUUUUAACUUAAGCCAGUUAUCUUCCUGAUUUCGCCAUCUUAAUAAUGGUGUAAUACUGAUUUAUACCAGUAGGGGUUGUUAUUAAGCUUCCUCUGGGAUGACCACCCACAGUGUUUUGGGAUCCUCUAAUGGAAGAGAUCAUGAAAAGGUCUGGUUGGCUACAGUUAUUUCUGCAGUGUUACAGCAAAACAUUUCUUUAUCCUCUAGGAACAUUUGAAGGACGGGAGAAGACCCGCUCCGUGAUCUGUCAGAGCUUACCUUCCAACCACAAGGCAACUUCGUGGUUUUUUACAAGCUGAUUUUACUUCAUGGCUUAAAUUCAAUCAUUGUUGGGAGCCCACAGUAGAACAAACAUAUCAAGUUUUCACCUCAUGAGUAUUGACUCAUGAAAAUUGAUAUUCUCAUGGGCUUUGCAAAGAUUUAGUUAAGGACAAAGAUACAAAACCAACAAGUUUGGGGAAGGAAAUUGCCCAUGAACCAAAAUUAUAUUUUUCGAUAGUUCUUUCUGUUAGUAACUGGGUCAAAUUUACAACUGGAAGGAAACUGUGUUGGGAGACUAGAGAUAAACAAGUGGCCAAGUAGAUUGAUUAUGAGCUAAUUCGUUUGUCAGAGAACUGCUUUUUGGAAAAGAUAAUGCAAAGAGCUGCCCAGUGAAGGGGAAAGAGACUAUUAUAUCGUGUGCAGCCUCUCUAGGCUGUACUAGGGGUUCAAAUGGAGACCAGAGCAGAGAAUCAACUGGUGUUGACAAACUGAGUAAGAAUGCGAAAGGCAAUUUCACCUAAUUCAUGCAUUUGUACAGGGCUCAUCUGUGUUCACACUAAAGGAUACUUUAAGCAGCCUAACUGUGUCCUUCGUUCUGGAUCCAGAAGGCCUUGUGCUCCAAGAGAAUAAAGUAAAGGUAGCAGAGGUGAGGAGAAUUUCCAGAAAGAACUUGCUCUCUGCUUUUCCCUAAAUAAAAACGAGGAUUUUCCUGAAAGAUUAAGAAGCUGUCCUAUGUUUUAAUUAGAACAGAGGAAGGAAACACUCUUUCAUUACAGAAUUUUAAAUAAUGAUGCUCUGGGUUCAGCCCCAUAGGAGGUACUGGCAGAAAGUCAUCAUCUGCAGGGCGUCAAUGAGAGAGUAUGUCUCACUCUCUACCAUGAGUUGGUAGGAACUUUCUCAGCCUCUUUGUCCAUUCUUUACAUGUCUUGUGGACAUCUCAAACCUUAAAGCUGCCUUGUGAGGUGGUAAGCAGCCUUCUCUGUGACACCAUGCGGGAUUCUGAGAGAGAUACGAGUAGAUCUUAAGGUUGAUGCUCUCCAAGAGAUUCCACUCCAGGCCAUCUGUGUGUAAGGAGGGCAUUUAAGGGUAAUCUGGUCUUUAUAAGUUUACUCUGGAGUUACAAGCUGGCUGCCUGCACAGUAAAGCCUCUUUAUAGUUGUAUUUUGUUUGGGUAGUAACAGUGUUUAAAAGGAUAACAAAAAAUUUCUUGAAUGGCUUCAGCAGAAUAUACCUUCUCUAGUUCAAUCAGUUACUGCUAUAAUCUGUCCUUUAUCUCAUUUUUGUGUAAGCUUCCUGGUCUGUGAAGUCACUUGUGUUUGCAAUCUUUACUUUAGUGCAUACAUUGGGUCCUCAAAGAGCUAUAAUCUUUUCGUACAAAAACAUUUCAGAAGUUAAGGCUUUUGAGGAUUAUGAAAUGGUAGCAGUCUUAGCUCUGUCUGCUGAGGGUUCGUCUAUAUGUUCUCCCUUUCACUCUGGGUAUUUCUUUCACUACUCAAAUGCCAGCCCAGAUUGCUUUCCUGAGCUCUAUGCCAUAUAUUUAGCUGCCUACUGAGAACUUCAACAAGGUUAUCCCACAGCCACUACGAGGUUAACACAGCAUUAAAAUCUGUUCCUCCUCAUGCUUUCCCCAGAACAACGCACAACAUCCCUGCAGUCAGACCAGAAGUCUAGAACUCAACCAUGACUCCAUGUUCUAUCUCACCCUUCCCAAACAGUCAGCUACCAGAUGUUAGUUCUUUAUUCUUCUCCCAAUCUUCACUAUCUUUUUAUCCAUCCUCCAUGUGCCAAAAGACUGAUAUGUCUAGAAGAAAAGUUUGAUCCUAUCCCUCUGUUUUGGAACAACCAUAUUUAACCUAUUAAUUCUACCCCCAGGAAAGCCUGGGAUACCUGAGGCCAGAAUGGACUCUUUGGGCCUGAAAAGCAGCCAGACAUCCAGAAUAACUUGCUGGGCUUUAGCAUGUGGCAUGGAAUUUCAGAGUCUAGCCAGAAUCCCCCAACUUGUAGUUAAGCCAGUCCUCUGUUUCUUCAUCAAAAAAUGGAAGAAUUGGUACAUACUGGAAGCCAAGAGAGUAGCUCUUGGUUCAUUCAUGUCUGGAGGUGAGCCGAUUAGAUACAGCACUGCUAUAGGCCAACCCUGAACUUAUUCAGACUAAGAACAUGGUAACCCAGUAAAUAUUUCCCAGCAGUAACAAGCCUUACCCUUUA